AAAAUAAGCACAGAUAAUUGAACAGUUUGUUAGUGGGUCGUCAGCUGGAAAAUAAAACACAAAACACCAUUUUCCAGCCUCCGUGACGAUUCCUCUGCCACAGAAGGAUGCUUCAGCGUUCCCAAGGCAUCCUCAGUGUGUUAUUUCAUUCAGUGCGUGAACCUCGGUUGUCAUCCUGCCGCCUUCUCCACAAUGCCGGAUAUACAUGGACAAAAAGUGAGGUUAGACUGAAGGAUACCCGAUGUUUCCACACCUCACCAAAAACCCAGGGAUGGUGGGAACGAGACCGCAAAAGUGGCUACAAUGCCAAUCGCCCAGAGCCCAAUCGGAAGCAGAUGAUUCUCGAGGGGUUGAAGGAGCUCAAGACAGAAAUUGCCCUGUGGCAGGAGGAAGUAAAGGAGAAAUUCAAAGCUGAUCCAAUUCUCAUCUACCGGCCAGGUGAAGUGGAUGUUAAGUAUCAAUUUAAGGAGCCAAAGGAUUUGGAAAAGUGGGUCUGUACGGCAGAUUCGGAUCACAACGAGGGGUACACUGUGGCAAAUUUUGAGAUUAGCCCCGCCGGCCAUGGGCUGUUCUAUGGGAAUUUGUGCAACAAAGUACCCAUCGAUGGGAAAAUUAAGCGGGCUGGGUAUGCCAAUAUCAACAGUAUGCGGGCCAGGAAGAGCUUCAAGCGGGAAAGCUACCACGAUUGGCAUGCGUACAAUAUGUUGGUGAUGCGGAUUCGUGGGGAUGGGAGGAGUUACCUAAUCAACAUAGCCACAGAGGGAUACUUUGAUGUACUCUGGAAUGAUGUCUUUCACUUUGCCCUUUACACACGAGGAGGACCCUACUGGCAGCAUGUCCGGAUUCCCUUCUCAAAAUUCUUCCUUGGCUCCAAGGGACGUGUUCAGGAUAAGCAGUGCCCCAUCUCAUUGGAGCACGUAACAAAUAUUGGCUUCACCGUAGACGCCCGGCAUGGUGCUGAGGGGCCAUUUAGCCUUGAAAUAGACUACAUUGGUUGCGAAUUUGAUCCGUCGCACACGGAAAAGUUUGCCUAUGAAAUGUACAAGCAGGACAAGUACAUCGUGGGCACGUAGGACGUCAGGAGAGAGAAAGUUUCCUUUGUGUAGAAAAUGUGUGAAUAUAUUUACAGCAGGACUUCCAUGCGGAAGCCACCACCAACAUCUAGAAAAGAAACAUUGCAC